AUGCUUCGCUCAGUGCUCGCAGGUCUCGCCACGACGGCAGCACUCGGACAGAGUGCCCACGCUCAGUUCGUGGUGACAGAAGACACGUAUUUCGACGGACAGUCUCCACCUGUUUACCCAUCACCUCCAGCGCAGCAAGCUGCAACGGGAGCAUGGGCCGACGCCAUCACCAAGGCCAGGGAGCUCGUGUCACAGCUCACGCUGGAGGAGAAGGUUAACCUGACGUCAGGAGUUAGCACAACCACAGGCUGCUCCGGCUUCAUCGGUGCAAUCCCCCGGGUCGGCUUCCCGGGACUUUGUCUGAACAAUGCCGGGAACGGUGUCGGAUCCGCCGACUACGUGAGCGCGUUCACCAGUGGUAUUCAUGUCGCCGCAAGUUGGAACAAGGAGCUGGCGUACGACCGAGCCUGGUAUAUGGGGCUCGAAGCCAGGAAAAAGGGCAUCAACAUUCUUCUGGGCCCCGUUGUCGGUCCCGCCGGACGUGUGGUGCAAGGUGGUCGGAAUUGGGAGGGCUUCUCACCCGACCCCUACCUCAGUGGCCAGCUGGUGUAUGAGACAGUUCUUGGAACACAGGAUACUGGCGUCAUGACUUCAACCAAACACUUCUUCGGCAACGAGCAAGAGUCCCAUCGCCUCAAGACACGGACGAACCACACGCCAGAUGCUCACCCAGUGUCCUCCAACGUUGACGACAGGACUACACACGAGCUGUAUCUAUGGCCCUUCGCCGAUUCUGUCCGCGCGGGAACUGGGAAUAUUAUGUGUGCCUACAACCGCGUGAACAACUCCGGCGCUUGCCAGAACAGCAAGACCCUCAACGGAUUGCUCAAGACGGAACUGGGCUUCCAAGGUUUUGUCGUUUCGGACUGGGGUGCUCAGGAAUCAGGCGUCGGCUCCGCUCUAGCCGGCCUGGACGUCGCCAUGCCCAGCUCGAUACUCUGGGGCGCAAACCUCACCCUCGCCGUGAACAACGGCACAGUCAACGAGAGCCGCGUCGACGACAUGGCAACCAGGAUCCUUGCCCCCUGGUACCAGCUCGGCCAAGACGCCGAGGACUUCCCAGAACCCGGCUACGGAAUGGUUGAUGACCUCUCCUUGCCACACCCUGUUGUUGACGCCCGGAAUGCCAGCUCAAAGCCCACCCUCCUUGCUGGUGCUACCGAGGGACAUGUCCUGGUGAAAAACACUGACGGUGCCCUCCCACUGAAGUCGGCGGAGACGAGGCUGCUUUCAAUAUUUGGAUACUCGGCCAAAGCGCCCAAUGUCAACGGCUGGGUAACACCUCCUGUAGGAGCUGCGUUCACUCAAUGGACUGGUGGCGCUCAAUCAGCUAACUACACUGAUAUGUAUCUCGGAUUUUUCGGUGACCUAAGCAUUGAUUACUCCGGGAUUGCGAGGAAUGGAACUCUCAUCGCCGGCGGAGGAUCCGGUGCAGUCUCUCAGAGUUUCACCAGCUCUCCAUACGACGCACUCGUCGCACAGGCCUACGAGGACGGCACGGAUCUGUACUGGGACUUUGAGAACGGCGACCCGCUUGUCAACCCCACAAGCGACGCCUGCCUCGUCUUCGGCAACGUCUGGGCCACAGAGGGGUACGACCGGCCAUCCGUGCGCGACGACUACACCGACGGCCUGAUCAACCACGUCGCCGACCAGUGCGCCAACACGAUCGUCGUGUUCCACAACGCCGGGAUCCGCCUCGUCGACCAGUUCAUAGACCACCCCAACAUCACGGCCCUCAUCUUCGCCCACCUGCCGGGCCAGGACAGCGGCCGUGCCCUCGUCAACCUCCUCUACGGCAGGGAGAACCCCUCCGGGCGCAUCCCGUACACGGUCGCCAGGAACGAGACCGACUACGACAACUUCCUCAAGCCCGACGUCCAGCUCGACGGCAUGUGGCAGCAAUUCCCCCAGUCCAACUUCACCGAGGGCGUCUACAUCGACUACCGCCACUUCGACCUCAAGAACAUCACCCCGCGCUACGAGUUUGGCUUCGGGCUCAGCUACACCACCUUCGACUACGCCAACAUCCAGGUCAGCCAGACCAACAGCUCUACGGCGCCCUACCCCACCGGUGCCGUCGACCUGGGCGGCCAGACCGACCUGUGGGACGUCCUCGUCACCGUCACCGCAGAAGUCACCAACUCCGGCGGCGCCGAUGGCAAGGAGGUCGCGCAGCUAUACGUCGGCAUCCCUGGUGAGGACGUGCCUGUUAGGCAACUGCGUGGCUUCGAGAAGCCGACCAUCGCGGCUGGGGAGACGGCGACUGUGAGCUUCACCCUGACUAGGAGGGACCUGAGUGUCUGGGAUGUUGUGGCUCAGAAGUGGCUGCUGCAGGCUGGAGAGUACACGGUGGAGGUUGGCAGGUCAAGUAGGGACUUGCCACUUAAGUCAACGUUUAGCAUUUCGUGA